UUCAAACAUGGUGCCUUAGUAUUGCCAAACUUUUGCCGGCCAAAGAGAGCAUGCCGCGCAAUGUCAGGCAAUGUGCCCGUCCUCACUGUUGAACUGGGCCGCGAACGCCCAACAGCUCGCCCCUCGACACCUCGUCUGGCCCGGCCAGCGACACCCCAGCGGACCAGGACCUGCUUUGGUGGUGGCACCUGGGGCACGGCCCUGGCGCAAACGCGCGAAAGGCUCGGCCAGGCCAAAGCAGAGGCGAGACCAGCUAGAAAGUCCCGCGACGGCGGCAAGUGCCACCAAGGUUAUCCAGCUCUACAGAAGAGCGAUGCCCGCGCCACCCCUUCCCCGGCACGGCCGCCCUGCUCACAGCGCAGCCCGCGCAGCAGCAAGGGCAGUGAGCCCGGAAAGGAGCCGACGCAGCCACCGGAGGUAGAACACCAGCGCCACAAGCGGCUCUCGUCGCCGUCGCCACGGCCUGUGGCAACGAUAGGACCGAAUGGUCGUCCACCAACCAUGGUGGAGAGAUCGCAGGCGUGGCAGGCGUAUCGCGAGGAGAAGCUCCAGGCGCUGAGGAACAAGUGCCAGCAGCAGAUCGGUUCCUUCUCGCCGCAGCUCUUCAAGCCCGUGCGCUCCCCUCGUUGGCUUGCGGGGCCCGAGGGGGGCGGCACCUUGCACGACCGGGGCAUGCGGCAGAUGGCAAGGCGGGCACUGGAGAAGAGGCAGUACGAGGAGGUGCAGCUAGAGGAGGAGCUGAAGCAGUGCCCCUUCACGCCCAGACUCACCAGCUGGGACAGGCAUUCUGCGUCGCCUUCGCCACAGAAACCGCUGCGCACGGUGGUUUCCUUGCUGGCCACAGAAGAGCGACCCUGCCCCCACGGUCACGUCACGGCAGAGCGGGCCUCUCACUUCUACGAGCAGCAGCGGGCGUGGCUGCAGGCCAAAGAGGACGAGAAGCGGGAGAUGCGGAAGGAGCAUAUUUUCCGUGCCCUACAAGAGGAGGCAGAAGUCCGCAAGCGUGAUUGCUCGCCCAAGUUCGGCAAGAGGGCGCGGCAGCAAGGCAUGUUGUUCCCAUAGUACAAUGGUGCAAGCGUCUUCCAAACGACCAGAGUUGCUUAGCUGAAAGUUGCUGGGUUUUGGUUAGGUGAGCACCAGUUUCUGGGCCAAAGCUAAUUGGGUGUUGAUAUUCAAAGCGCACAUGAGGAACCCUAUUUGUUGUUCAUGCGCGCCACAGACGCGCACAGGCUAUGCCAAGCAGCCUCUACUACCGCCAGGUUGCCUGGAUGCGACAGAGGGAGUUGGAGUUGGAGGCCCAGCGGCAGGCGCAGUUUGAGG